CAGAAACAAAUGUCAGUGAGGUGGCGAAGACUUGGGUUUCUUUGUGAAUAAACCAAAACUUGGCGAGGUUGAGGACACUCCAAACAGAAUUGCUUUUGCGGAUGGAGGCACAGUAUUGUUGUCCCUACAAUUAGUAAUAGACUCGCAGAUUCGGGCUUCAGCUCUCUCCCUGGCUCAUCAUCACUUCUUAACGACGACGACAAAAAAAACUCUCAACCCUGUUUCUGAUCAGCUUCUCUCCUUCUUUCUUCCAGGGCGACGACUCUCGUCGUCUGAAUUGGGGUGUGUGAAAAUCGAAGUGUAGAGGUUUGAAAUUAGGGGUUUGUAUUUGAAUAGUUAUGGAUGGGAAUAAGGAUGAUGCUUCUAGGUGUUUGAGAAUCGCCAAAGACGCCAUUGUUUCUGGUGAUAAAGAACGAGCGUUGAAAUUUAUCAAGAUGGCUAAGCGUCUUAAUCCAAGUCUCUCUGUUGAUCAACUUGUUGCUGCUUGUGACAAUCUGGGUUCAGUUUCAAAGAAUCCGUCUCUUGACGAAAAGCUCGAAACUGCGGAUGGUGAUGAUAAGAUUGAGACUGGAAAGGGUGAUGAGAGAAAGAAGUAUACUGAGGAAAAUGUUGAGUUGGUUAGGAAUGUAAAUAGGAACAGCGACUACUACGCGAUUUUGGGUUUAGAGAAGAACUGUUCGGUUGAAGAGAUUAGAAAAGCUUAUAGGAAGUUGUCUUUGAAAGUUCAUCCGGAUAAGAACAAGGCACCUGGUUCAGAGGAGGCGUUUAAGAAAGUUUCCAAAGCGUUUACGUGUUUGAGUGAUGGUAACUCGAGAAGCCAGUAUGAUCAGGUGGGGUUUGUUGAUGAGUUUGAUCAUGUUCAGAGGUGGAAUCGUAGAAUCAAGCAAACCACACUGGCAUACCUCAGCUCAAGUAUGCCAGUGUGGGGACAACAGCAGAGCCUUGCGGAGAGGUACAAAUUGUUGAGGAAGAUGUACCCCUGAGGACUCCCAGGGAUGCGUUUGGAAAACUGCUACCGUUAAGCAAGUUGCAAGGUCGCUCACCCUUUAGUGCAAUGUCGUUAUCUACACCUCUUAAAGAUAUGGACGCUCAGUCAGUAGCAAAUUCUGAAGAAUGUUUCGAAAGUGCUCUUUCUCCUUCAGAAAAAAGACAAUUAUUCAGUAGUUGACUCAAUAUUUUAUAACUCGGCAAGUAAUGAUGAUGAUCUAGUAGUAAGCACAUCAGAGAUGCAAUCUAGUGGGUCUAACCCAUACAGCUCUAGAUCCAUGGGAUGGGUUUAGUAUUUGCUAUUACUGGUUAUCUUGACUCUUGACUGUAUUUAUAUUUUGGCAGUCUAAAGAGGGCAAAGAGAAGGCGACUCAGUGAGAAAGCUAAGGAAGCUCACGUUGAAGACAUUUCAUCAACUACACCUUCUGCAAGCCAACUCUGAUUAUAGGACUAAUUAGAGAUGAGUUGAUAUUUUGGGAUUUUAUAACCUAUUGGUUAGGUUAUUUUUUUGGAUGUAACCUUAUGAUAUUUUGUCUAUGUUCAACCUAGAUAACAAUCAAUUGUUAACCGUUUGGUUUAUUAUU